CAGACUUUUCCCCCGUUGGGCAGAACUUUCACGUCUUAACGCGUUAUGGAUCACUUGUCCUAUAGAAAAGUCGAGUCCCCACACGUUUUGGGUCACUCAUUCUAGAUAUUAUAAUGCAUGGGAAAGGUAGAAAACUGUCACUAUCACCCGCCAAGUUUGAUUUUUUCUGCCGAAAACUGCUAGGCAGGUGGCUUAGAAAUUCCCAAGUCAAUUAAAGAGUCUCUGGAAGGGAGUUAGAACUAAAGGGGCAGCUUCUAUGCCCCUUCUGAGCAUUCAAGAGGAAAAAGGAAUUGUUAAGAUAUUUAAGUUUAUUAUUAUCCCCAGUUAUUCGGCUAUACAGUGAAUUGAUUUCAUCAUUCAAUCAUGAAGAAGAAGAUAGCAGAUGUUAGCAACAAGAAUGAAGUCUUCCUUGAGCACAAGAGAAUGAAGAGAUGGAUGAUUUCUUUUUCCUUUCUCUUAAUGCUCAUACAGAAGAGAUGGACUGAUAACAAGUCUGGUGGUGUCUGCUAUAUGUUAUAUGCAAGGGCACUCUUUAUAACUUGGGGUACACGUGAACACUGGAAUUGGAAUUGUUUCAAAGAAACAGGUGAAGAAAACAUCGAGGUAGCGAAACUUAGUCAUGUGUGUUGGCUGGAUGUGAGAGGAAAAUUGAAGAUGUCGGAGCUGUCACCAGGAAUUGUUUAUGGCGUAUUCUAUCAAGUUAAGUUGACAAAGGGGGGAUCUGGAUGGGAACUCCCACUUACUCUGAGAUUAACACUCCCAGAUGGAAGAGUUCAACAUCGCCAAGUGAGUCUUCGACAGAAGCCCAGAGGAGAGUGGAUAGAGCUGAAUGUUGGCAAUUUCCAAACACAAGAAGGAGAAAGCAGAGAAGUGUGCUUUGAUCUUUAUGAACAUGGAGGACAUUGGAAAAAUGGUCUUAUUGUCAAAGGCGCCAUUCUCAGGCCAAGGAAUUGAGUGCGCCAACAUAAAAUAAGAAGAUAUUGUAUCUCACAAUACCUUCAGUCUUAUGAAACUCAUUUUUUGUUUGUAAGAAUAUAUAUAUAUAUAUAUAUAUAGAUAUAUA